AUGGGUAACUACUCGAAAGCACUUGAAUUUUACGACAAAGCACUUAAAAUAACAGAAAACGUUUUGCCUCCGAAUCAUCCCGAUUUGGCUACUUCCUACAACAACAUCGGUCUUGCGUAUGACAACAUGGGUAACUACUCGAAAGCACUUGAAUUUUACGACAAAGCACAUAAAAUACUCGAAAAAUCUCUGCCUCCAAAUCAUCCCAACGUGGCUACUUCCUACAACAACAUCGGUGCACCCUAUUACAACAUGAGUAACUACUCGAAAGCACUUGAAUUUUACGACAAAUCACUUAAAAUAAGAGAAAAAGCUCUGCCUCCGAAUCAUCCCGAUUUGGCUCAAUCCUACAACAACAUAGGUAUGGCGUAUUACGGGAAAGGUGAUGACCCAAAAGCACUUUCAUAUCUGGAAAAGGCACUUGCCAUCUGGCAAAAAUCACUUCCACCAACACAUCCUAAUAUUAAAACGGCGAUGAAUAAUAUUGACAGUGUGAAAAAGAAAAUGUAA